AUGAGCAAAGAGAGUAGUACUGUUUUUAAGGCAUGGGAGGCCACAGUUCGCAAAACGCAAGCUGCAAGAAAACGUGCAAAUAGUAUAUUUGGAUUGUCCAUCGACCAUGACCAUGAUCAUGACAAUAGUGAUCAUGAUCAUAGUAGCGACGAUAGUGAUUAUGGUCAUGAGGAUAUGAUAUACAAUGCAGACAAGAUUCUUGCGAAUGGAGACUACUACACCGGACAAUGGUGUGAAAAUUUUCCUCAUGGUCAAGGCAAGUAUUUGUGGACGGAUGGGUGCAUGUACGUAGGAGAAUGGUUUAAAGGAAAAACUAUGGGGAAGGGCAGGUUUAGCUGGCCAUCUGGGGCGACCUAUGAAGGUGAGUUUAAGAGCGGUUAUAUGGAUGGCAAUGGUACAUACACAGGUGCCAAUGGUGAUACCUAUAAGGGACAAUGGGUUAUGAAUUUAAAGCAUGGCCAUGGUGCCAAGAGUUAUUCCAAUGGAGACUGGUACGAAGGUGAAUGGCGAAGAGGGCUCCAAGACGGCCAUGGAAAGUAUCAGUGGACAAAUGGUAAUCAUUAUAUUGGAGAAUGGAAGAAUGGAGAGAUUUAUGGGAAAGGAACAUUUGUUUGGAGUAAUGGAAAUAGGUACGAUGGAAAUUGGGAAGAAUCUAUGCCUAAAGGAAAUGGUAAUUUCAAAUGGAAUGAUGGGAGUCUUUAUGUGGGGAAUUGGAGUAAGGACCCAAGUGAGCAAAAUGGUACAUAUUAUUCAUCUCAAUCAUCUGCAGACGCCAAUCUCGAAUGGAAUCCGCAAGAUGUAUAUAACAUUGAUUUAAAAGAUUGUAAGAUUUGUCCUGGAGAGAAAGUUUCAAUUCUACCAUCACAGAAAAAGCUUGCAGUUUGGAGGUCAGCUAAGGGAAAUGGGGUAAAGCCGAGAAGGAUGUCAGUAGAUGGAAGGGUGAGUGUAGGGUUCGAGAGACCGUUAGAUAGGUUGCAAAUGUGGGAUGGUGGAACCAAUGACGACCUUGGUGAUAGAGCUUCAACUGUUGGUAGAGAUCAACUAGAUGAUCAUGAUUUUCUAGGUCAUGUAAGUGUUGAAGAAAUGGGCCAAAUGAAGGUACCUAAGACAUGUAGGAGACAAGGGGAUACCAUUAGCAAGGGCCAUAAAAAUUAUGAACUGAUGCUCAAUUUGCAGCUUGGAAUUAGGCAUUCUGUUGGAAGACCAGGUCCCUCCGGAUCCCCUGAUUUAAAGCCUUCUGCUUUCGACCCCAAAGAAAAAUAUUGGACAAGAUUUCCUCCUGAGGGGUCCAAAUACACUCCACCACACCAAUCUUGUGAGUUUAAAUGGAAAGAUUAUUGUCCAUUAGUCUUCAGAACUCUUAGGAAGUUGUUCAAAGUGGAUGCAGCUGACUAUAUGCUCUCAAUCUGUGGAAAUGAUGCGCUUCGGGAACUUUCUUCUCCGGGUAAAAGUGGUAGCUUCUUUUACUUGACUAAUGAUGACCAAUACAUGAUAAAAACAAUGAGGAAGGCAGAAGUAAAAGUUCUUAUAAGGAUGUUAUCUGCCUAUUACAACCAUGUUCGAGCAUAUGAGAACACACUAGUCACUAAAUUUUAUGGUCUACACUGUGUAAAGCUAACUGGGCAACCUAUUCAAAAAAAGGUGCGAUUUAUCAUUAUGGGAAAUCUUUUUUGUUCCGAAUACUCCAUUCAUCGACGUUUUGACUUGAAGGGAUCUUCCCUUGGUCGAACGACAGAUAAGGCUGAGACAGAAAUUGAUGAAAUGACCAUACUUAAAGACCUUGAUCUAAACUUUAUAUUUCGACUCCAAAAGUCAUGGUUUCAAGAGUUUUGCAGGCAAAUUGAUAGAGAUUGUGAGUUUCUUGAACAAGAGAGAAUAAUGGAUUAUAGUCUGUUAGUUGGUCUUCAUUUUAGAAAUACAUCAGCUGCUGGGGAUCUAGUUUCAUCUGGAGCUCUUAUUCCUACUGGUGAUAAUGAAGCUGAUGGAACUCGCACACUUUCCCGAGCAGAUAUGGAUCAACUUCUUUUUUUAGAUCCAUCCAGAUGGGCGAGUAUCAAACUUGGUUUAAACAUGCCAGCACGAGUAGAGAAGACUGAGAGAAAAAGUGAUUGUGAGCUCCAGGUCGUAGGAGAUCCAACAGGAGAGUAUUAUGAAGUUAUAAUGUUUUUUGGGAUCAUAGACAUACUUCAAGACUAUGAUAUUAGCAAGAAACUUGAGCAUGCUUAUAAGUCAAUCCAAUAUGACCCAACUUCUAUAUCAGCAGUUGAUCCUAGACAAUAUUCGAGGCGUUUUCGCGAUUUCAUAUAUAGAGUAUUCACCGAAGACAGUCCAUAA